UGUCAUAUCGCAUCUUCUUUCAAGACUGUGAAGAAAUCACGAACCAGUCUGAUUUGAUUGGCCAUUUAAAGGAACUCUCUUGCUUUCCUGAUGCCUCACGUUCUAUCAGUAAUUGCUGCCCACUGAACUGGAAAAAUUUUCAGUUUAGCUGUUACUUCUUCUCUAAUGACACCAUGACUUGGACUGCAAGUUUGAAGAAUUGUGAAACAGUCGGGGCCCAUCUGGUAGUUAUCAACACACAAAAAGAACAGAAUUUCCUUUAUCAAGCAAAACCCAGGGGAAAAGAAUUCUACAUUGGGCUAACAGACCAAGUGGUCGAUGGUCAGUGGCAGUGGGUGGAUGAUACACCGUUCGACAAAACUUUGAGCUUCUGGGAUGUAGGGGAGCCAAACAACAUUGCUGGGGUUGAGGACUGUGUAACCAUAAGAGACAGUUCAAAUGCAAAUCGCAACUGGAAUGAUAUGACCUGCUUUUUCAAGAUGUAUCGAAUUUGUGAAAUGCCAGCGAGAAGUUUUUCAGUUGAGAAAAAAUAG